ACUGACUCAACAGAGUCACUAAAAGGAUUCGACUCUAAAGAACCCUAUUUUCCCGAAUCAGACAUUAUUAGAGAACAGUCGCACAGUUUCUUUCGUAUUUCAGUUCGCUAGUACUGUCAUAUUUUCCUGAGAUGACUGUUGGAGAAGAGUCGGAUUUGGAGUAGAAUUGUGAGCAAACCUCCACAUCAAACCGACACUCUUUUGUUUGAAAGGACAUUCUUCAUCAUGGCUGAGCAUUUGUCCCAGAGUGAACUGGACUAUCCUUUCAAGCUUUUGGAAUAUUUCAAUGGAUUCAGGAUCUCUAAGGCGAUAUUUUCAGCUUGUGAGUUAGGGGUGUUCGACCUGCUCCUCCAGUCCCAAAAGCCUCUGAGUGCAGCUGAAGUGGCAGAGCAGCUUGGCACCAGUCAAGAUGGCAUUGAGCGUCUGCUGGAUCUGAUGGUUGCCAUUGAGAUUGUGGAUGUGGAAGUGGUGCAGGGAAACGCUCUUUAUAGCAGUACAGAUGUUGCUAAUCUCUACCUGGCCAAAAGCAGCCCCAAAUCUCUGCAUGAUUUGAUCAUUUAUUCCUCUCAGACCAUCUACCCGCUCUGGAACAAUCUGGUAGACGCUGUUAGGGAAGGGAAGAACCAGAAUGAGAAAACCUUCGGCCUGCCGUCUGAAGAGAUCUUCUCUGCCAUAUACAGGUCAGAAGAGGAGAUGCUGAAGUUCAUGGGACUGAUGAACUCUACGUGGGUCAUUGACGGCCAUGACAUAGUGACAGCUUUCGAUCUUUCGAGCUUCAAGUCUGUUAUAGAUCUGGGAGGCUGCUCUGGUGCGUUGGCUCGAGAGCUGGCUAAAGAAUAUCCGUCCUCCAGCGUCACGGUUCUGGAUCUGCCGUCUGUGGUUCAGACUGCCCAACGGCAUUUUGCCCAGCAAGAUGACACCAUCUGCUUUCAAGCGGGGGACUUCUUUGAAGAGGAAAUCCCUCCAGCAGAUUUAUACAUUCUUGCCCGAAUCAUUCAUGACUGGAAAGAGGAGAAAAAUCUCAAGCUGCUGAGGAAGAUUCACGCAGCAUGUCAUCCAGGUGGAGGUGUCCUGAUAGCAGAGGCUCUGCUGUUUGAGACCCGCAAAGGUCCAACUAUGGUUCAGAUCUUUUCUCUGAACAUGCUGGUCCAGACCGAAGGGAAGGAACAUCCACCGUCGUAUUACACACACCUGCUCACAGAUGCAGGAUUCAGUGACGUGCAGGUCUGUCGGACCGGAAAAUCAUACGAUGCUAUUCUGGCACUCAAAUGAACAAGAACCAAAGUGAUUCUAGUACCCUUUCUGCCUUGUCUGCAGUCCUGUUUUGAUCAGACACAUCAGUAAUCGUGUUCACGCACACGUCAGACGUUUGUUGUUUGUUUUGGGAAUAUGAUAAAAGAGUAUUUUCUCCAUCACAAUGUAAAUACACUACUAAUCCUUACAUUUCCUCCUGAAGACUGAAGUCUUGGUAGAGAUUAGGUGUAGUUAUUUGUGAAUCUUCCUCCCUGAGGCCUACAGAAGUGGUCUGAGAGGCGGUGGGACAGGAGCUGUUUUUCAUUGGCCAGUGAUGUGUCAAAAAUAAGCUCCUCCCUCCAUCCUGUCUGGUGUAUCUUUGCACUGCCAUCUUGAUAAAUGGUUGCGUGUUGACCCCUAGUGGUUGUUGGUUGUACUAACAAUGUAUAAAACAUGAAAAAACAUGCAUAAUGUGUAAAUAAAAUAGCAGCAGGAGAUGUUUAACUAAA